ACAGAGUACUCUUCUGUUGCUAGUCAGUUAAUAUAGGUGCUUGUUUGGAAAAUUGGUAUCUUUUUCUUUGGACUGCCAUCACAACACAUCGUUUCGAAUAAUUUCUAAUUGUGUUCUUUAUUGGUAUUAAUUGUUUAGAAUUGGAUAGCGACUGAGCAUCUCUCUGAAGUAGCAUCACAACAACAUUACAUCAAAGUAUUAUUAUUAAUACAAUUUUUCAAUACAUCAAAAAAACCUCUCUUUCGAAUAGAAUCAUCAUUCGUCUAUUUUCUUAAUAAUAAUGGGUAAUAUUGUAGUUUCGCCUCAUGAUAAGGAAGGCCAACAUCAUAUGAUGGCUACUCCAACUUCCAACAAUCCUAAUGGAGGAUCAGCAGCCACAGCAAAAAACAAAUCAGAGAUUACAGUUCUUCUUCUGGGAGCUGGUGAAUCAGGAAAAUCAACACUUUUCAAACAAGUACAAUUCUUUCAUGGUGUAGGAAUAACGCACGAUCAGGAGAGAAUUGAAUUAAUAGAAAUUGUCCGAUUAAACGUGUUGGAAAAUGCUAAAAAUCUUGUGGCAGCAACACAACACUUGAAUAUUCCAAUUGAACAACCAGAAAAUAGAGAAACUGCAAAAUUAAUUAUAAAUUCAUUGAAUACAAAUGAUUUGGAAGAUCCUUCUUGGUCUAAACGAUUGUAUUCUCUGUGGAAAGAUGCAGGAAUUCAAAAAGCAUAUGAAAAUAGAGAGAAAUUUCAAUUAUAUGAUUCAACUGAAUAUCUCUUUGAGAAUUUAGAUAGAAUUUGUUCCGAUAAAUAUGUUCCAACAGUUGUGGAUGUGAUCAGAACUCGUACCAAGACCAUUGGAAUAACAGAUAUGAAAUUUGACGUUGGUGAUGGAAAACAGUUACGUUUAGUUGAUGUUGGAGGUCAGAGAAAUGAACGUCGUAAAUGGAUUCACUUUUUCAAUACAGUAGAUGCUGUUGUCUUUUUAACAAGUCUCUCAGAAUUUGAUUUAAAUCUCUACGAAGAUAAUGGCUAUUGGAGAGUGAAGGAAAGUUUACGAGUUUUCAAUGAAGUUGUAAAUAAUGCACUCUUCUACAAGGUACCUUUCGUAUUAUUAUUCAAUAAGAGAGAUUUAUUCGAAAAGAAGAUUGCCACUAAGAGUUUUUCAAAAUACUUUUCAGGAUUUAAUGAAGCAGAGGAGAAGAAUCCAGUGGCAUGUAUCGAAUAUAUGACUAAACUAUUCCUGAAUGAGAUUACUGAACAUCCACUUGAUACAGUUUCUGUGAAAACUUUAUCAGCAAUUGAUCAUGAUAAUUCGAAACAAGUUUUUGAGGAAGUUAAACAAUUUAUCAUGACUCAACAACAUCGGGAAUAAUUAUCUGGAUUAGUUUGACUCAUUUUCGCCAACUCCUCCUUUGUAUAAAGUUAAUAUAAACUAUUCGAAUCUCAAU